UACUCAACAGCCUUGUAUUUGGUCUUUACCACCAACCUUGAAUAAUAAAACCACAAAAACAAAAGCCCACAUGCAUGCCAAUUCCUCGUUGCUUUUACCUGCAAAAGUGCUAAGUCCUUGCAUCAGUUCUCUAUUGUUUUGGCUUCAAAGUUCAGAUCAUGCUUUCCUUUUCAUUUAAGAAUAUCUUAGAUUUUGAGAACACUGCUCAUGUCCAGCUGGAAUUGGAGUAAAAUGUGGACAACGAUCACGGACCUUAAAUAGAAGUACCUGUUGUUUGUUGUUCAAAAAAAGAGAGAAAUCAGAAAAUUCAGGAGUGUUUAUACCAGACAAACAUUUUGGUGUUAUUUGCAUAUAUUCAAAGCACCAGUUACUUUUCAAAUGCAAAUGUCUCAGAAACAUAAAAUGUCCUAUGACUCUAGCAGGUUCAGCAUUGAGCCUGCGCAAAAUCUGGGGUCAUGUUGCUUCCUGCAAAGUGGGAACCUAGACUACUACUCAUCCUCUGAUAAUGGUAGCCAUGCAACCUACCCUUCUGUUUGUAUUUUCGAACAAUAUUGCACCCUGGAAUCUUCUACAAACAACAAUUUCCCUUCCCUAAACUCUCCAUCUACUGUCAGUUUCUCACCUAACAAUAGCCCAGUCUCAAAGCUGCAGUCAAAACCAAAUGUGUUGAGUUCACAGAAUUCGCUUGAAAUUGUUAAUGAAUCGCUAGAAAACAAAUCUUUCUUGACACUUAACGAUGAUGAGCUGAGGCACAAGAUAAGAGAGCUUGAAAGUGCUAUGUUGGGACAUGAUACAGAUAUUCUGGAUACUUAUGAUACCAUAAUUCCAGAAGAAUCUGAUUCAUUUUUGAAAGAGGCAGAAAGGUGGAAGAGAAUGAUGGAAAUGAUAUCUAGAGGGGAUUUAAAAGAGAUGCUUUGUACAUGUGCAAAAGCAGUGGCAGGAAAUGAUAUGGAGACAACUGAAUGGUUGAUGUCAGAGUUGCGUAAAAUGGUCUCCGUCUCCGGCAAUCCAAUCCAACGAUUGGGAGCAUACAUGUUGGAGGCUCUUGUUGCAAGGCUUGCCUCUUCAGGAAGCACAAUCUACAAAGUCUUGAAAUGUAAAGAGCCUACUGGUAGUGAACUCCUUUCACACAUGCAUCUACUUUAUGAAAUCUGUCCAUAUCUCAAAUUUGGUUACAUGUCAGCAAAUGGAGCUAUUGCUGAAGUCAUGAAGGAGGAAAGUGAAGUCCACAUUAUUGAUUUUCAGAUUAACCAGGGAAUUCAGUGGGUAAGCCUAAUCCAAGCUGUUGCUGGCAGACCUGGAGCACCCCCCAAGAUUAGAAUAACAGGUUUUGAUGACUCCACUUCAGCUUAUGCCAGGGAAGGAGGCCUUGAAAUUGUUGGAGCAAGGUUAUCAAGGCUUGCACAAUCAUAUAAUGUACCCUUUGAGUUCCAUGCUAUACGAGCUGCUCCCACUGAGGUUGAACUCAAAGAUCUUGCACUUCAACCUGGUGAAGCUAUUGCUGUGAACUUUGCCAUGAUGUUGCACCAUGUUCCAGAUGAAUGUGUGGAUAGUCGAAACCAUCGUGACCGGUUGGUGAGAUUGGCAAAGUGCUUGUCUCCUAAGAUUGUGACACUUGUUGAGCAAGAAUCACAUACCAACAACCUCCCAUUCUUCCCCCGUUUCGUUGAGACAAUGAACUACUACUUGGCUAUUUUUGAAUCAAUUGAUGUUGCUCUGCCGAGGGAGCACAAAGAAAGGAUUAAUGUGGAGCAGCAUUGUUUGGCUCGAGAAGUCGUCAACUUAAUAGCAUGUGAAGGGGCAGAAAGAGUGGAACGCCAUGAGCUUCUGAAGAAGUGGAGAUCACGUUUCACUAUGGCCGGAUUCACACCAUAUCCAUUGAACUCCUUUGUUACUUGUUCAAUAAAAAAUCUUCAGCAAAGCUACCAAGGACAUUACACUCUAGAAGAGAGAGAUGGGGCUCUAUGUCUUGGUUGGAUGAAUCAAGUUCUUAUUACCUCUUGUGCUUGGAGGUGAUGAUUCAAUGACAACUGGUUCAUUUUUGUUAUUUCAGACUUUUAGUUAGUUUAUGUAUCAUCCUAAUCUUCUUUCGCGGAACUCAUAGUCAAGUUACUCUAUAAUUUGUUAAAAAAACUCACUUGAUUUA